AUGGAGAUUUUGUAUUCGAAGCUCUACGACAAGUACACCAAACUCAAGUCUAAGAAACUCUCCGAUUUGGAUCACCUGAACAAAGAGCAAGAAGUUAAAUUCGUGAAUUACUUGUCCGCUGCGGAAGAGUUGAUUGAGCACUUGAAGAGCGAAAAGGAAGAGCUUCUAGGACAAGUCGAUGAGUUGAGAACUGAACUGGCUUCACUUAGGGCAACCAAAGAUAAAGAGAUUACAGAUUUUCAGAUGCUUUUGAUGGAGGAAAGAGAAAAAAAUGAAGCUCUUUCUGAAGAAGUGGAAAAGUUGCUAAAACUUCACCAGGAGAGAACGUCUGAUUUAAAUAAUAAGAAGGCUAACACUAACAUCUCAUCUGGAAGAAUGACAAGAAAACGUGAAAGGCAGAAUGCUUUGGAGAAAGAAGCAAGGUUUAUAUCUUCUGAAAAUGAAGGUAAUUCUGUGGAGACUUACAAAGAGACUGCUUCUGGUAAGCUGCUGGAGCGUUGUACCAAGGCUAAUGAUCAAUCAGGAAUUGAUUUACAGGAAAGUGGACAUGAUUACUGGCUCAUUCAUGUUCUUUUUGAGUAUGCACUGGGCAUGAAACUAUCCAUUGUCUCUCAAUCUGGACAAAUAUUUCUUUCUGCACUGCAUCAAUCAAGUGGUUACUCCUUCAGUUUAUCGUGGAUUAGUACAUCAACUAGAAAUGAGGAAGCAGAGCUGCUAUACCAUGUCAUAUCUCUUGGAACAUUUGAAAGAGUGGCGCCAGAAUGGAUGCGGGAGGACAUCAUGUUCAGCCCAAGCAUGUGCCCUAUCUUCUUUGAAAGGGUAACUCGUGUUAUGAAGUUGAACCAUUAA